UAGUAUAAAUCCGGUAUUCAACAGUAGUGCAGUGAAAAUGGCAAAUAUAACAAUCACAGGAGAGUACGUUUUGAAAAGAAAUGAAGGAUUUUACGAAUAUUUAGUUGCACAAGGUAUCACUGCAGAUAAAGCUAAAGCAACUGAUUUGGUGAGGCCUGUUAUGAAAAUAUCGGUUGAAGGUGAAGAUAUAAUUUUUUCAACUGAAUUUGGAUCUUCAAACAUAUCAUCAGUUCUGAAAUUGAAGCAAGAGGUGGAAGAGCGAAUUGGUUUGGAUAUGAUCGUUAAGAGCUACACAGAAAUAGAUGGGAAUCGAAUCACAAUCCAUUCCGUAGGUCCUAAUGGCGAGGUAGGAAGAAGAAACUUUGAGUUCAAGGAAAAUGAAAUGAUUAUGACACUUUCCAGUGACAAGCCCAACAUCCCAGAAGCCAAGCGAUACUACAAUCGAAUGCCAUCUCAUUUGUCAUAAAUUAUCUCGAAUUAUGUAAUCAAUAUAUAUAUUUCUUUGUAUUA